AUGGAUAAAAAAAUCCUGGUUUUAGCAGCAGAAGAAAAAACAGAGCGGCUUCAGACAUGCCUGCAGAACUUGAACGAAAAAGAGUUGAGAGAUCUGCUUACAAAGCAAGCCCUGAGAGGGAAAGAAAUCGGCGCCCUUCUGAGAGGAAUCUUCAAAGGUUCUCCUUGCUCUCAACAGAGUUGCAUCAUCCGGAGAAUCAGCAUUUACAAACAUGGUGUCCAGCUGGUGGAAUCGGGGGACCUGCACGUGGAAGUAGCAUCUGAGAUUAUAAGGCUGCUGAUGCUAGAGGUCCACCAUCUGCCAGGCCCCGCACUGGUCGAUCUGGCCACUUUGUUCAUUGAGGCUGUCCGAGGAGGCAGCCUGCUUAGCGGCAAAUCCUUAGAGUUGCUCCCGACAGUCUUGACUGCGCUGGCGACGUCAAAAGAGAGCCUGAUAUAUGGCAAAGGCGAGCUAAGUGGGGAAGAGCUUAAGAAACAACUGAUCAACACCCUGUGCUCCAGCAGGUGGAGCCAUCAAUAUGUGAUCCAUCUCACCUCCAUGUUCAGGGACAUCCCGUUGAGUGUGGAAGAGCUGCAGUUUGUGGUGGAAAAGGUCCUAAGGAUGUUCCCUAAGCUGGAUCUCCAGGAAAUCCCUCCUCUGGUCUAUCAGCUACUGCUGCUUUCUGCAAAGGGUAACAAGAAAAACAUUUUGGAAGGAAUAAUCGGCUUUUUCAACCAGGUAGAUCAGAAGCAGAAAGAAGAACAGAGAGAUUCUGAGUCUGUGGACCUUGAAGAAGCGACGGUGCCCGUAGAUCAGCUCCGCCACGUGGAAGGCACAGUCAUUCUGCAUAUUGUCCUGGCUGUUAGUCUGGACCUGGAGUUGGGCAAGGAGCUGCUAAAGUUUUUAAAGUCGGAGCAGCACAGAGAUCCCGGCAAAGCGCUCUGCCCCUUCAGCGUGACCAUUCUGCUGUCAGUGGCCAGAAUACACCGAUUUCAAGAGCAGGUCUUUGACUUUCUGAAAACGUCCAUUAUGAAGUGCUUCAAGGACCUGCAGUUCGUUCAGGGCUCCAAGUUCCUGCAGGACUUGGCUCCUCUGCGCUACAGCGUAUCAGCCACGGUUUUAGAAGUCGUGGCGAACAGCGUGUUUGGUUGGGAUCACGUUACUCAAGGCCUGGUGGAUCUUGGUUUCAUCCUAUUGGACUCCUACGGGCCAAAGAAAAUGUUAGGAGGCAAAGUCAUGGAAGCAACGAACGGCCUUUCCAAAACCCCAGCCCAGCAGGCCUGCAACCUGGGGGCCAGUAUCCUCUUGGAAGCUUUCAAGGUCCACGAGCCAAUCAGGAGUGAGAUCCUAGAGCAGGUCCUGAACAGAGUCAUCACCAACGCUGGAUCUCCCAUCAGCCACUUCAUAGAUUUGCUGUCCAGCAUCAUCUCCUACGCUCCCCUCGCCCUGCAGAACUCUUCCUCCCGAAUCACAGAGGCCUUCGAUCAGCUCUCUUUCCUCCCUCUUGGAACCGUGCAGGGCCUUCUGAAGGCUGUGCAGCCCCUGCUCAAAAUAAGCAUGUCCAUGAGGGACUCCCUGAUCCUCGUUCUUCGCAAAUCAAUGUUUUCGGGGCAGCUGGAGGCUCGUAAGUCCGCAGUUGCUGGGUUUUUGCUGCUUUUGAAGAAUUUCAAGAUCCUGGGCAGCUUGACUUCCUCCAGCUGCAGCCAAGCAAUUGGUGCGAGUCAGGUCCAGGUGGAUGUUCAUGCCCGGUAUAACUCGGCGGCUAAUGAGGCCUUCUGCCUCGAAAUCCUGGGCAGCCUGAGGCGAUGCUUAAGCCAGCAGGCUGAUGUCCGACUCAUGCUGUACGAGGGAUUUUACGAUGUCCUGCGAAGGAAUUCCCAGCUGAGCAACUCUGUUCUGAAGACACUGCUGUCUCAGGUAAAACGGUAUUACGAACCCGAACCGGACCUGUUACCCCCGUUAAAACUGGAAGGAUGCAUCUUGGCACAGCGAGACCACAUCUUCCUGCAAGAACCUUUGGCUCACCUCCUCUGCUGCAUCCACCACUGCCUGACUUGGUACAAGAACACCUUAGCUCUGCACCGGCAGGCUGAAGACGAUGAAGAGGAGGAGGAGGACAGCGAGGAAGAGGCCGGGUUCCAGCAAGAGUUGGGCGAGAUGUUGGCGUCCAUUACGAGGCGCAUGAUCAAGAGCGAACUGGAAGAUUUCGAACUGGAUAAAUCAGCAGAUUUUUCUCAGGCUACUGGAGUAGGUUUGAAGAACAACAUUUAUGCCCUUCUGGUGAUGGGGGUCUGUGAAGUCUUGAUCGAGUAUAAUUUUAGCACAGGGAACUUCAGCAAGAGCACCUCCGAAGAUGUUCUGGGCCUGUUCAAGUGCUACACCCGCCUCAGCGACAUCCUGAAGGAGAAAGGCGGGAAGAGCAAGUCCCCAUCAGCGAAUAAAAUGGCCCGGAGCUUCCUUUCGAUGGGCUUCGUCUCCACCUUGCUCACAAGUCUCUUCAGGGACUGCUCUCAGAGCCACGAGGAGGGCUUGACCAUCCUGCGCGCCAGCAACGAGUUCAUGCGCUAUGCCGUCAGCGUGGCCUUGCAGAAGGUGCAGCAGCUGGAGGAGACGGGGCAGACCGACGGGCCGGACGGGCAGAACCAAGAGAAGAUGUUCCAGAACCUUUGCAAAAUCACGGGAGUCCUACUCUGGAGGUACACCUCGAUCCCAACAGCUGCUGAAGAAUCCGGGAAGAAAGAAAAAAGCAAGAGCAUAUCGCUGCUGUGCUUGGAGGGCUUGCUGCGGAUCUUCCACACGAUGCAGCUUCGUUACCAGCCGAAGCUCCCCCAGUUUCUACAGGCCUUGGAUCCUGCCAAUGAAGAUGGAGAAGAAGAGGCGGCAGACGUCAACGUCACCGCAAAAGCUGCAUUCCUGAUCCGGCAAUUUCAGAGGUCCCUUGUGAAUCAGCUCACCCAUGCUGAGGACGACUUCAACAGCAAGGAAGCCCUUUUGCUGGUCUCUGUCCUUACAACCCUUUCCAAACUGCUGGAGCCCUCUUCUCAACAGUAUGUGCAGCUGUUGUCUUGGACAGUCAAGAUCUGCAAGGAAACCGGCCUGGAAGACGUGCCUUGCUGCAGAGGGCUUCUCACCCUCCUUUUCCAUCUCCAUGCUCUCAUCAAGAGCCCCGCCAGCAUAUUACGCGAACUCGCCCAGGACAUCCAUGCUCAGCUUGGGGACAUAGACCAGGAUCUUGAAGUGGAGCACCAGUCCCACUUUGCGGUUGUGAACACCAAGACGGCAGCUCCUACUGCUUGCUUGCUCGUUUUGGGCCAAGCGGAGAAGGUCCUCGAAGAGGUGGACUGGUUGGUCAACAAGAUGAAGAGCCAUUUGGGGUUGGAGGCGGCAGAAGAUUCUUCCCAAGCAGCCAGUGAAGUGCAGCUGCUGGAAAAGGCUGUCAUCCUCCAGCUGGGGACUUUGCUGACCUCUUACCACGAGCUGGUACAAACGGCUUUGCCCGCCGGGAGCUGCGUGGACACCUUGCUCCGGAGCAUCAGCAAGAUGUACACCACCCUCACCUCCUUGGUGAAAUACUAUCUCCAAGCGUGCCGCAGCGCAAGCGGGGGAAUUCCAGGGCGACUGGAAAAGCUGGUUAAGCUCUCGGGUUCCCAUUUGACUCCACAGUGUUAUGCCUUCAUCACAUAUGUACAGAACGAAACCUCACUGGUUGCGGAAGACAAGAAAAAGAAGAAAAAGGACAAGUCGACAGCGGAGGUGUCCACUGUUAUGGCCAAAGUGCUGCGGGAGACCAAACCCAUUCCAAACUUGAUUUUCGCCAUAGAGCAGUAUGAGAACUUCCUGAUCCAUCUCUCCAAAAAGUCAAAGGUCAACCUGAUGCAGUACAUGAAACUGAGCACCUCCAGAGACUUCCGCAUCAACGUGUCGACCCUCCAGAGUGCCCUGGAUGAACAGGGUGCUGAAAUGGAGUCGGACGACGACCAGGGCAGCGCCUCAGCCCUGCCUGAUGUCAGCCAGGAGCCCAAAAGGAAGAGAAGACGAAAGAAAUAA